AUGAGGGACGCGUGUCCUAAUGGCGGUCAUCUCAAACGCCCUAAGGCGGCUAUUGUCUCGGUUUAUGCCUUCGUUGCGCAUACCGGCCCGUACACAGGCCGGAAGACCUACGACACGACCGCCUUCCGUUCUCAAAGGGCGAUCUGACGUUCAAGGGACGCGUACACACAAACACACGUACAUAUAAACUCGUUCAACUUCGACUCGUUGAACAAGCCUCACCGUUAGCCUUCUGUGCACUCCCUUCAAGGCACUGGCCUUCGUUAGCUUAAUGCCCGGUGAUAAUCAUCGGCCGGUUUGCAACAUUUCGAAGGCUUCGCGAACGCUCCAACUGCCGCGUAAUCCGACGUCAUUGCGGACGUCGUAUCAUAUCGUCUCGCGAUUCUCAGGCGAGAUCGCGCCUCCUUGCGAGUCAUGAAUGCGGCAGGCGCGUUCUCGUGCUCGCGGACAUUGUUGCGCGGCAGACAAUGCAGCCACGAUGAUGGAGAUAACAAUGUGACGGCGGAACGUAACCGUCGAUACCGGAGCCUGUAAUUUUGUUAAUUGCGCGUGGCAGACGAGCGAGGGGAGGAUAUUCAAUUCAUGGGUGGGUCGCGUCGCCAGCAGUUCGCGGAAGGAUAAGCGGAACGACGGGAAAUUCUUAAUUAAACAGCCGAACGCCAGCGAGAGUGUCGCGAGAUCGUAACGUAAUUUUUUCACUCAUCCUUCCGACGCGUUCCCGAUCGCUCUGUGUGUUUUUCAAUGUGCACGUUCGCGCAAGUAAACAAAUGUAUAUCCUUCUUCCCUCGUCGUUUGACGCACUUGAAUCCGUACAAUUUUUGUUAUUUCACGAUCUUCGAAAUCUUUGUCUCAUAUCGAUUUUCUGAUUAAUUUCUCUUUUAUAAUUUUACUUUAUAAUUUUCUUGUCACGUACGACAAUAUAUAAAAUUCACAGGUUUCAGGAAACGACGAUUCGAAUGUUGCAUAAAGUCGAGACAGAAAGUAACAAAUAACAUAAUUCACUCGCGCACCCGUUACACCUCCUUGUCCAAAAGAUUUUGAAAUCUUUUCGUACGUAAUAAUGAUAAUAAUAAUAAUAGCAACGUCGUCGUAGAUAUAAUUGCGAGACAUUAGGAUGAGAUAUUGGACUGGGAGAGAAGAGGGUGCACGUACAAGGGCCGAAUCCGCCCCGGGGCGACGAUUUCGAUCUCUCGAACUAUCAUCCGUGGCGCAGCUAUAUAACGUGCUGGUUUGUGCACGGUAUCACGCGUUACCUGCUCGGGGUGCACUCCAACAUCGGCGAUGUAGUCGCGCGUAAUAAUCGCGAACGGUUCGUUCCGUGGAUCAGAUUAGGAGAGAAAGAGAAAGAGAAAGAGAGAGAGAGACUCUGUAGGUCUCUCUGAGACUGUGUUAGAUCCCGGCGAGUGCGGUAGGCCGAGAUUUUAUCACGUCGCGACGGUAGAAGAGGAAGUCAGUCCCCUCUCUCAGAGCCACGAUCAGACACUUUCGGCUGUCCAAUAAAACGGCUCGAUUAACUGCUUACACCUAUGCCACUGUGGGAUAAGACAGAUAAUCUCGACAUCCUCGCCGAGUCUCCGACUAGUUAUUCCCUCUGCUGGUUGCCACAGCCGUUCUCGGGCUACGCUCGAAGCCUUUUUAUCCUUCAGUCACAUUAUUUGGGAUUUGGCCGCGAGACCCGUGACUCGAGAAGUUUCUCUCCCUUCUGGAGAGUUGGCGGCAACCGACUUGAUUCUGUUUGCGGCAAACUUGCUGGAAGUUAAAUGCAGGAAUUGUGUAUUUGGACUUUUAGUUGCGCUCAAAGUUUUUCUUGUUCGUAUUAAUUUCAUUACUUGGUAGCAUGAAUCAUAAUCACACGUUACAAUGGCUUUCCUACAGUUUCAUUGGUUUCUACGUGAUAAUAAAAUCGUCUUUUGCCGAAUUGAUCGCUAAUGUAAAUAUCGUACUUCUGAUCGAAAUUCGAUAAAUGUCUCUCUCGUUGAUUUUACUGUUAACUCAAAAUUAGCGUCUCAAGUGUAAUGCUAAUUUUUCUUAUUUAAAUAGAUUUUUGACGAUACAGCACAAAUGUAACAAAAUCUUCAGCCAAGUUUUCCUCUAAUCGCAAGUUCUUGUCUUUUUUUUUGAAAAAAAAAAAAAAAACAUAAAACUGCAACUUUCAAACCUUCGACACACAAUGUUCGAUAUUCUCGCCUGAAACGAAAGCAAAAGGAGAGAAACUUUAAUAUCCAUGCUUACGCGUAAUAAACGCGACGAUCGGCACAAAGAGCGUGUCGAUAACGUCAGGUUACUGAAACUUUGUCGACGUCUGUGCAUCUCGCACGGUAAGAUAGCGUAUGGGCGUCAUUUUGUAGGGCAGUAUUUCAAUCGGCGGAUAGCAGACGAAACGUAUGGAUAGGGUAAAGAAUUAACCGGAACAUCGUGAAAGUGCCGCGGGGCUUCACUUUGACAGCCGAUCACCGCCGAAGGGUGAAUGAUACGAACAAACUCGCCGGGCAUUAUAUUUCAAUCACGUUUGUGCAGCCUUUGAUUACUCGCGAUUCGAGAGGCGACGCUAACUGAGAGACUAACGAACGAUCUCUCUGAUAUUAUUGAUCGAGUUGUCUAACAAUUUUACACGGUUCUCUGGCUUUUCCCUCGUCCUUUUUCGAAUGCGCGUCACCGACGCUUCGUGCAGCCAUUUCCUUCGCGAUACAAAUCAUUUUUACAAAUUGCAAAUCGAAUAUCUCUUUCACGCCGAUGCCGAUACUCUUCGGAAUAUAUAUCCGUUCGGCGUGUUUCCUUUCACGGAAUCGAAUCGGAAAGUUUCUGUGUUUUUUUUUUUAUUUUUUUUUUAUUUUUUUUUAGAGAUUCGUUGAUUAGAACGAUAAAUAUGCCUUUGUGACGCUUGUGUUGGGGAAAGUACUGUUGGAUGAUCAACCAGGCCUGAUGAUAUUAGCUCGGUGCUAACACCGAGUCAGUAAUUGAACUCCGAAAGUGCCCUACGACACAAUUAUUCCAGUAGUUGGUUUCGAUUACAUUUACAAUUAUAAAAAGACGCGCUAGAAAGUCCUAACAUCAUCCUCGACCAAAAUUGAAACGUGAACAAACACUCUCGUAUAAGUUGCUAUUCACACGGAAUCCAACAGUACGAUGAAACGAUGAUGGAGUUGUGGACUGGAGACAGACAGCAGAGACGACAGAAUUCGCGCUGAGAAUUUUAGAAGGAACGAGGCGAAAAUUGUGCCAAUUACAAACGUAAAGGAAAGGAACGCGGAAAAAUCGCGCUCGGAGCUCGAGCAACCUGUAAAUUAAAAUACCCGCUUCUUUCGCGUUCGUUUAAUUUCGUAUAAUGCAUCGUUUUCGAGGGCGGUACGGUUAAAGCCGUAUAUAAAAACGACGGUUUGAACAAAAUACAUUGCGCCGGGAACAUUUAUCGGAAAGCUUCUUUAGAUCCUCCGGUGAAUGAGCUUGCCCGUGCUCGAACUAGCAUCUCUCUGGCGUUAGGGAGCGUUCCCUCUCGUGAUUUUUGCUAAUUUACAGGUGAGAAUGCUCGAGGAAGCGGACCAAGCGAAUGGAGCAUUAAGGAGUAACCGGUCGACUUUUUUCCGGCCCUCCUCUCCCCACCCCCCCUCCUAUCUCCGUGGCAUUUAGCCGGGAUAGCCGCGGAAUCGGCGGAUAAAAAAAGCGUUUCGCGAAGCUGCAACCAACCAGCCAGCCAGCCGAGCCGAGCCAAGCCAAGCCAAGCCAAGUCAAGCCAAGCCAAGCCGAGCCGAGCCGAGCCAGCUGGUUCCGAAUAAGAGAGAGAGGGAUGGACGAGAGGAACGGGGUGAAGAACGGCAAGGACACCGGGACCAAGCAGGUGAACAAAGUCGCCAAUCACGAGCCUCUCUCUGGAUUCUCUUGCGUCUUGCUCCUCCCUGGCCGAGCUUGCGGAGGUGUGGUUUGCACCUGCGCUUGCGCUACACGCCCCGCCUUCCGCACCUGCGGCUUUUCCGCGCUUCCGCGAACGCUUUUCGCAGCCAAGGCUGGUGGGGCACGGGAUCCGAGAACCAGGGGCCACGAGGUUUCGACCGCCAGUGCUGUCUGGACCGCGCUGGCUGAAUCUACUUGCACCGUCUAG